AUGUUUUCCAAAGCACUCGCAUUCCUUGUGCUUUCCGUACCCCUCCUCGCGACCGCGGCUCCGGCGGAGCUCGCGAAGCGCCAGGUCGACACGUCCUCGCACUGCGGCCAGUGGGACACCGUGACCGCGGGUCAGUACGAGCUCCUCCUCGACCAAUGGGGCGCGUCCGGCGCGACGUCUGGCCAGCAAUGCGCCAACCUUGUUAGCUUGAGCGGGAGCACGAUCUCGUGGAAGACGACGUGGACGUGGACGGGCGGCUCGGGCGUGAAGAGCUUCACGAACAUACAGCUCAACCAGGGCAUCAACAAGCAGCUCAGCGCGAUCUCGAGCAUUCCCACGACUUGGACGUGGUCGCAGUCCGCCUCGGGCUCGGUCGUCGCGGACGUCGCGUACGACCUCUUCACGUCCAACUCUGCGGGCGGCUCGAACGUGAACGAGAUCAUGAUCUGGCUCGCCAACUUCAACGCUGGCCCCAUCUCGUCCCAGUACGGCUCGGACGGCAAGCCCGUCCCCGUCGCGUCCAAUCUCUCGCUCGCGGGCCACACCUGGAACCUCUACUCGGGCUCGAACGGCGCUAAUGCCGUCUUCUCGUUCCUGCCCACGUCGGGCACGAUCACGAGCUUCAGCGGGGAUAUCAAGGCGUUCUUCGACUACCUGGUGCAGCAUGAGGGUGUGAGUUCGUCGCAGUAUCUAGUCACCGCGCAGGCUGGUACGGAGCCCACUUCUGGGUCUGCUACUCUUACCACGUCUGCUUACAGCUUGGCUAUCAACUAA